AUGCUGGCAAGGAUUAUAUUGGUUGGUGGUGACCGUUUAAAUUGCAUUUAUGGUGUUACUCGCAUUAGCAGUGCGUUAGCAGUUGCUCGAGCUGUUAAUACAAUGGUGAAACGAAAUAUGUCAACAGCAAUUCGUAAAGAACGUGACACGUUUGGUGAAUUGCAAGUACCAGCAGAUCGUUAUUAUGGAGCGCAAACUGCAAGAUCAAUGAUAAAUUUCAAAAUUGGUGGUCCAGAAGAACGUAUGCCAUUACCAGUUAUUCAUGCAUUCGGUAUCUUAAAAAAAGCUGCUGCAUUGGUUAACAAAGAAUAUGGCUUAGAUCAAAAAAUUGUGGACGCUAUUGCAAAAGCUGCAGAUGAAGUCAUUGCGGGCAAACUAGAUGAUCAUUUUCCACUGGUGGUUUGGCAAACCGGAUCCGGUACACAAUCGAACAUGAACGUCAAUGAAGUAAUAUCGAAUCGCGCAAUUGAAAUGUUAGGCGGUGAAUUGGGAUCCAAAAAGCCAGUGCAUCCAAAUGAUCAUGUGAACAUGUCGCAGUCAUCGAAUGAUACUUAUCCGACGGCUAUGCACAUCGCUGUAGCUAGAGAGAUAAAUUCUCGUCUGUUACCAUCUUUACAACAGUUGCUUGAUUCGUUGCACCGAAAAUCGAAAGAAUUUGAAAACAUUAUCAAAAUUGGCCGUACACAUACUCAGGAUGCAGUACCACUUACGCUUGGCCAAGAAUUUGGUGGUUAUGCGCAGCAGGUGGAAAAUGGUAUAGCACGCGUGAAGGAUACGCUACCACGUUUGUACAUGCUUGCUGCUGGUGGUACUGCUGUUGGAACUGGUCUUAAUACACGAAUUGGUUUUGCUGAAAAAAUUGCAGCAAAAAUUGCUGAAUUAACUGGUCUGCCGUUCGUUACGGCUCCAAACAAAUUUGAAGCAUUAGCAGCCCAUGAUGCAAUGGUAGAAGUGCAUGGUUCUUUGAACACUAUAGCAGCAAGUUUGAUGAAAAUUGCAAAUGAUAUACGUUUUCUUGGCUCUGGUCCACGUUGUGGUCUCGGAGAGUUAUCACUACCUGAAAACGAGCCUGGAAGUUCUAUUAUGCCAGGUAAGGUGAAUCCUACACAGUGCGAAGCGGUUACCAUGGUUGCUGCUCAAGUUUUCGGUAAUCAGGUUGCUGUUAGCGUUGGUGGAUCAAAUGGACACUUUGAAUUGAAUGUAUUCAAACCAAUGAUUGUUCGCAAUGUUCUUCAAUCAACUCGACUCAUUGCUGAUGCAUCUGUAUCAUUUACAGUUAAUUGUGUUGACGGCAUUAAAGCAAAUAAGGAGAAUAUUGCAAAAAUUUUACGUGAAUCGUUGAUGUUGGUAACAGCACUGAAUCCUCAUAUCGGUUAUGACAAUGCUGCUAAAAUUGCCAAAACGGCUCAUAAAAAUGGCACUACUCUAAAAGAAGAAGCUAUAAAAUUGGGAAUUUUGACCGCUGAGCAGUUUGAUGAAUGGGUACGACCAGAGAAAAUGUUAGCACCCAAAUAA